UGUUUUAGUGGGAAAAGCUUGUAAUUCUUUAAAAAAGAAAGAGACAAAAAUGCUUUUGAUGGUCCAACUGUUUUUAUUUAGCUGAAGAAAACAUUGAACUUUAAUUCACCCAUUUUCAAUUCUUUUAAAAGUUUACUCUGCGUUGUCAUUCUAAAACAAACAGUAGUAGAGUCUGAAAAGUUUUCCUGUGAAAUUAUCACAAUUGUCAUUAAUUCUACACCAGGGGCGGAUCCAGGGGGAGGGUGCAGGGGGUGCGCACCCCCCCCCCCCCCGAGAUGACCGGCGGUUUUCUAAUACAACCGGUCUUCUGCCAAAAAAAACUAUGCGGUUUAUUGGGGUUGAAGUAGAGCACGAGAGGAGGGCACCCCCCACCAGAAAAAAUACUGGAUCCGUCCACGUAAAAAAUGCUUUUGAUGUUCCAACUGUUUUUAUUUAACUGAAAAAAACAUUGAACUUUAAUUCACCCAUUUUCAAUUCUUUUAAAAGUUUACUCUGCGUUGUCAUUCUAAAACAAACAGGAGUAAAGUCUGAAAAGUUUUCCUGUGAAAUUAUCACAAUUGUCAUUAAUUCUACACCCGGGGCGGAUCCAGGGGGGGGGGGGAGGGGGUGCGCACCCCCCCCCCCCCUGAGAUGACCUGCGGUUUUCUAAUACAACUGGUAUUCUGCCAAAAAAAACUAUGCGGUUUAUUGGUGUUGAAGUAGAGCAAGAGACGAGUGCACCCCCUCCUAGAAAAAAUCCUGGAUCCGUCCAUGUACACUAUGGAAAAAUUUUGCCUCAUGGAUAAUGAAGGAAUAAUGAAGGCCUCGAUGCAAAAACGUCAUAUUGAUAGGCUGGUAAUUGUGUAAGUGAUGUAAAGUCACUCAAUUAUUGCUCUCUCCAUUUGUACCGAAACAUUGUUGCAAACAUUUUCUCUAAAGGUUUGUGCGCCAUUUUCCACAAAUUAGGUAUGCAAAAACACAGGCAAUGAGGGUCCCCCCUUCCCAAGGAAGAAAGAAACCCCCCGGCCCCUCUCACGCUAUCAAUAUUGUUUUUUGUUGAUUGAGGUGAAAUUUGAUAAUUUUGGAUAGCGUAUUUUUUAGAAAUAUAAUUUGGCAUGAUGUGCAUGUUAUUCAUCAAACAAAGUGUUUUAAUAGCUUGAAUUAGGCUUCACUUCAACAAAAAUCUUCGCGUAUUCUUCAACAUGGGGGGAGGGGUACCUGGCUAGCCUCCAGGUUAGUGCAAAGAAACGGAUGCAAUGAAGUGGAUAUCUUAGAACUUAGAAUAAAUUAAUACUCCCAAAAAAAGAUAGAGAUUUCUCUAAUACUGGGAGGGUACCGGUCAGCGGUUACAGCCUGUGCGGAAGUGAAGGCACCGUAGGUGAUCUAAUGGCAGGCAAAGCGGACUGCCUAAAGACAGCUUAAUGUAGAAGAUGACGUAACUCCAUGAGGGAGCAGAUCCCAGACUCUAAUAACCGUAGAAACGACUAACCUCUAUACCCUGAACGACUAGCCCACGAUACAAAGCGGUGCUUCGAGAAAAUUUAGUCAGUUCCGAUUCAAAAGCAGUUGAGAAUGUUGUCUGGAAAUUUCAGUUGGAAAGAGAAUUACUGAAGCAAUUUUUAGGCAACUGUCUAGCUCUGAGCUGCAUGGUAGCCACAGAUAUGACCAGAUAGUAGUUGAAAAGUUUCCCUGUUUGGUGAGCCACGUAUACUCUGCGUUCCGUAGUAGUUACAGCGAAUAUUGGCCUGAUAAUGGAAACGAAAAGUCGUAUUGAAAAGUCGUUGUCGUAUCAGUGUUUCGCUUUUUCACAUUAUCCAAUAUCCUAUAGGGGAUCAGGCCGUAUGAACGUUUCCAGCUACCGCAGGAUUAAAAGGUAGUUGUUAAUUCACCCGCUUACAAGAGGAGGUCGCACGUGGAGGUUCCAAAGAAUUAGACUUUAUUAUUUUGUGCUCUACAUGUGGUGCUAGUGUAAGAUACUAAUGAUCACAUUACUGCCCUUUUGUUUUCCUCGCAGAUGCAAGCUCUAUUCUACCACAAUCAAAGCAAAUCACAGGCAUUCCACGGUAAUCUGGACACCAAAUCUGUCCGCAAAGCCAUCACUCUACACCCUGUCAAACAGCCCUCAUACAUGUACCGUCUACAGUCACACUUCAUGACCAUGCGCAUUCAAGACCUUCAGCACCAGGCUAUCCUGCUGCAGAGAGUUCUCAAGAACAUGGAUCGCUUGCUAAGGACUAGCGCGCGCUUUCUUUCUACUCAAGAGAAAACUACCCUUCAAAGCGCUAAAGAUUUCCAUCAGCAGCUGAGCGCCAAGUAUUCGGAAUCCUGGGACAUGUUUACAGCGCAGAAGUACUACUCGGAAGCCACGCUUCAGCCACCUGAAACAGGCAUGCGAGAUCCGUGGAAAGACGGGCUAAAUCACGUGCUAGGGCAAACGAUGGGGCUGAUAAAUGAGGAAGCCAAGCGAGUUCUUCAUCGCAGCCUCGAGUUCAAGAAACUCAACCAUGGUUACAUGCGCGUGCAUCCCUUAUUUGGUGCUCAGUACGUCAUGGACAUGCUUAUGAAGUAUCACCGGCACAUUGGACACAACAGAAGGCGCAUGACUGUGCACGUGCGUCAUCACGCCUUUUUACAGCUACCUUUUGGAAACAUGGUGUACCGAGCUGAACCGACGGCAAAAGCGGUCCCAACCGUUCAUUUUAUCCUUCCGUUGACAGGCCGCAUCGAAACAUUUCGGCGCUUUAUGAAGAAUUAUGAAGACGUUUGUCUCAAACGACGCGAAAGUGUCAAACUUCUGGUGGUAUACUUUCCAUCGGUGUCCCCGCCUCAUGAGCAUAAGAAAGUUAUGAAAGACUACCAAACUAGGUACCCCAGGGCAGAUCUGCUGUGGUUAGAAGCCAUAGGGGACUUUUCCCGUGGCUUGGCCCUCUCUUUGGGUGCUAACCAAUUCGACAGGACAGCCUUGCUGUUCUUUUGCGACGUUGAUUUGGUAUUUAGUGCGGAAUUCCUUUACCGUGCCCGUAUGAACACUGCUCUCGGUCAGCAAGUUUAUUACCCAAUGGUGUUCAGUCAAUUCGAUUCUGACAUUACAUACCCGAACCAUACAGCACCUCAGACUCACUUUGCAGUAGACAUGGAUACAGGAUUCUGGAGGGCUUACGCUUUCGGCAUCGUUGCCGCUUACAAUCACGACCUUCGUGCCGUUGGAGGGUUUGAUACAACGAUUCAAGGCUGGGGGCUGGAAGAUGUGGACUUGUACGAGAAGUUUGUCAAACACGAAGAGAUUCGAGUGUUCCGUGCAGCCGAUCCUGGCCUCGUUCAUGUCUACCAUCCUGUGAUCUGUGAUCCUAAGCUUGUCGAUCGGCAAUAUGCCAUGUGCCAGGGAUCGAAAGCUUCGGGUUAUGGCUCACAGAAGUCUUUAGUUAGAGAUAUGUUGUCUAAAGGGCAUUUAAAAGGGUUCUAGAUUGAUUGUCUAUACCCGUAUUUAAUAGUUGUUCUUUUAAGACGGAUAGUUUUAGGUCAAAUACUGCUAUGAUGGUCAAAUUCUUGAGACACUUCAAGUAUUAUAUUAGUGUUAAAAUUGUUAAAAUUGAUUGUCUCUACCCGUAUUUAAUAGUUUCAGUUUUUAAGAUGGAUGAUUUUAGGUCAAAUACUGUUAUGAUGAUUAAAUUCUUGAGACGCUUCAAGUAUUAUAUUAGUGUUAAGAUGUAUUUUUAAAUGCCUUUACGCAGAAUUUGCUUUUGUACAUCAGAACUAUUUUAGACCAACAAUUGUUAUGCUUGAUUCUGCGGAGCUUUUUUAAAAAUUCACCCACUAAAUUUCUAGUUUUUAUUAAACGACAGACGAAGGUGAAAAUUCCUCUGCGGAAACAGGUAAAAGAUUCCGCGCCCCCCGUUGGGAGGGGGGGGGGGAGACUCCAAUAUAACAGUGACAGGGAUGCUCAUCGUCUCGCUUUGGGUUGUAAAUUGCACACUUUGGGUUUUUGGGAUGGAAUGUUACUGUAUUUGCCCUAAAGAAAUUUACAAAAAAUGCCCUGACACUGACUACAUAGAAAUCUCCCUUUUGAGCGUCAGCCGCACCCACAUUGAUCUCCCUUCGGGGCUUACUUUGAAUUUUCCAGCGAGCAUCCCCCUCACUUUUAUAUGGGAGUUCCCCCCGGAAUUCCGCGUGCCCCGGAGUGCUCUAAGUCCUUUGAGCAACGUCUGCAGUUUUAGAUUAACAAUUUAGAUUACGUACUUAUGACAUGAGAGUCUGCUACACAGCCGUCACUAAAAACGGCUGUUUAGCAGACUGGUUACAUUAAGACUAUUUAUUGCUUGUUAGAGGUAUAAAAUGUCUAGAUUACUAUGGUGAGAAGAUGGUCUCUUUUUAAAGGAAAUAUUUAUGAAAUAGUUUUACUGUGCCCUUUUGUCCGCCUUAGGCUAACGCUAAUGAGUUCAUUUUGUAAUAAACGGUCAAACUAUGAAGGUCAAGGCUGUAGAAAAUGUACCAAAUGGUUGAAUUCCAGUAUGAAAAUUUUAUCCAUUGGAGUGAGCAACGCUUUACUCCUGAAAGUCUAGAUCCCUCGUUUCGAAGGAGAUCGAGAUUGUUGUAGAGGCUGAUAUUUGAUUGUAGCUUAUUAGUAGUUUACUAUUCUAAAGUAAGCUGGUUAUACCACAGGUAGCCAAGCUCGAAAUAUAAACAUCGGCGAACAUCGACAUUGCUGCAUAACAUUCGAAAUAUAAGGAUUUGUGUGGAAAAAAA